AUGGAAUGUCGAGCAUUGGGCAUUUUGUACUCUGUGAGACGGGUCAAUUGUCGAGCGUUCGGUAUGGCACACAGACUGGUUCACAGUAUUGUGGUUGAGGACCCGACGGGCGGGUCGAAGAGUCCGCUUAGGGCAAGAGUGCCUCCGAAACUGAUACUUAAUAAGACUGAACACGAGAUUUGUAAUCUUCUCAAGGAUUACUGUAACAGGUACAACUCAAAACAUGCGGAUGAUCCUCUCGUCUUGAGGAUCACUGGAGGGUGGGUCCGGGAUAAGUUGCUUGGGCAGGGGUCUCACGACCUGGAUAUCGCUAUAAAUAACAUGUCGGGGGAAAGUUUUGCUCAGGGACUUAAUCAGUAUCUGACGGAAAACUACGCUAAGUACGGUGUGAAGCCACAUUCUGUGCACAAGAUCGAUAAAAACCCAGAGAAAUCGAAGCAUUUGGAAACGGCAACAACGAAACUGUUUGGGGUCGAGGUCGAUUUCGUUAACCUCAGAUCAGAGGAGUACACAGAGUUGUCCAGGAUACCAGUGGUUAAUUUUGGUACACCGGAGGAGGACGCCCUAAGGAGAGAUGCCACUUUGAACGCGCUUUUCUACAAUAUACAGACUGAAAAUAUCGAGGAUUUCACAAAGAGAGGGUUGCAAGAUUUGCAAGACGGCGUUCUCAGAACUCCAUUACCACCUAGAAAGACAUUUCUUGAUGAUCCUCUCCGUGUACUAAGACUGAUCAGAUUUGCAUCCAGGUUCAAAUUUACAAUCCAACCUGACGUGUUGAAGGAAAUGGCAGACGCAGAGAUUAAUAACGCUUUUUACUCAAAGAUAUCAAGGGAGAGAGUAGGUGUAGAGAUGGAGAAAAUCUUGCUGGGACCAAACCCGCUCAUUGGGUGGGAACUCAUCCAGCGGACACAUCUCGAGAACGUGAUCUUCUUUUGGCAUUGUACGGACUCGGUCAUAGAACACAAUAGAAACCAUCUCAAGUCCAUGAACGAGAUCGACGCCAUCUACAAAGACGGUAAGUUGAACAAACACAUGAAACAGUUUAUAGAACAGUACCAUACUAUGCUCGAUUUGAUUCCCUCAUUGAACACCAAGAUCCAGCAAGACGCCAACUUCAAACAAAAUUUCUUUCUCGCUUCGAGCUUGACGCCGUUCAAAGAAUUCGAUAUCGUUGCCUUCCCCAAGAAGAAAAUGAAUAACACAAUACCCUUCGUGGAAGCAGUGGUGCGGGAUGGUUUGAAAAUUGCCAAAUCGGACGCCGUUAUCGUGUCUCAAGCGGUUGCCGCCAUAGCACAGUACAGCCAUAUGGUGACAAAAUAUACUCUAAAUCCAAAUAGCAUUUCACGGUCCGAUAUUGGACUGUUCAUGAGAACUUUCAAGGGUCACUGGGAACUUGCCCACUACGUCGCAUUGGUCACAGAAUACUUGGAGGCUGACGGGAUAACCAAACUGAGAGCAAACAUCAUAUCGGAAUAUAACAACUUCUUUUCCAUAAUACAUGCGGAACACUUGGAUAACUGCCAUGACUUGAAACCGCUAGUCGAUGGGAAAAGGUUGCAGAAGGAACUCGAGAUGCGGCCAGGUCCCUGGAUGGGGAAAAUCAACGAUGAGGCAAUAAAAUGGCAGCUCGAUAACCCAUCGGGCACUGAAACUCAAUUGCUAGAGCAUAUUAAGUCAAUCAUAAACGACUUUGUCUUGUAG